AUGGCAUCGAAGCCAAAGCAGAUCCGCUUCGAAGAGGAUGGGUUCGAAGAUUGGCCAGACUCACGAUCUUCUUCGCCUACGCCCAGUGUUAGCUCUUUCCACCGGGGCUCACGGCCUGAAAAAGGCACCACCCGGAUUCCUGCUAGGAUCGUUUCAAAGCGCGCGCUCCUCGAGCUCGGCUAUCCUUUUGCCGAAGAUGGCGAUACAAUCAUUGUGCAGCUAGCACUAGGACCAAAUCUCAUCGAUGGCCUUCUCAGAUUAAGUGACAGCAUCCGAAACUCUGGCCAAGGAACUUCGGAAUAUGGUGAUGCGUGGGAACGAAAACAUCAAAAUAAGAGUCGAGGCUUCGAUUGGAUCAAUGUGGACGCUCCGGUCGCAGAGUCACCAGCCCACUCCGGCAACGAGGAAGAACACGACGAUGAUUUGGAAUCAGUCUUAGAAGGAGACGAGCUAGACAACAUCGACGGCCCAGUAGUUUACUCUGGAAUCCUUCCACUGGACAAUACCAAGUACUUUACGGAUAAUGCCGCAGAUCCCACCUCUGGGAGACUGGCGGCUUGGAAGCUGGAGAGGUCAGAUCUCAUUAUGAGUGGUGCGGUCACGCAACUAUAUGCAGCGCAUGCUGCAGAGUUCUACAUGGAUAGCUCUGGAAAUCAAAGGGUGACACUUGUCUGUCCGAGAGAUGACGGGUACGGAAUGGGUGACCCGUCUCUGAUUCGCAUGAGAUGGCUUCACGUCCAGGCCCAAUCGUUGAAUAUUGCCACUUUGGAGACGCUAGUAGCAGAUUGUCCGUUCUUGAUGCCAUCCCUGAGAUUGGUUGCACUGACAGUCCUCAAAGAAGUCAUGGCGAGAUGCGAAAGACCUUCUGAGGCGGGGACUUACAUUGAGUCUGGCUCAAUGAUUCAAUACAUCGGUAGAUUCAACAGCAGUCUCGGGAGAUAUCCAGACGAGGACAUGUCCGAUACUGAGCCCGUCACCUUCAUCUCUACACAGUACCUUAUCCUGGAGGACAAACCUGCUGGCAGAAAGCAGCGAGGGAAUCACUACAAGAGAACCCUCCGUGAAGUGCUAUAUGGUUAUGACGAUGAGACAACGCAUGAUACCAGCCAAGGUGCCCAAAAUGUCGACGUGGGCGGAUCCAAGUCUUUCUCGGUACAAGCGUCGCAGGUUUGGACUUUAGUGCUGGGUUCUGACUUGAUCAUCACUUACUCUGGAUUGGCCUCGUCAGAAAUGCAGCAAAAUCUUAUCUCGAUUGAUACGACAUUAUCAUCAGAAAGAACAUUCACAAUCAGGCUCAUCGAUGAGAAAGAUAUGUGCCGUUACCACGUGGUCAUAACUCCAAGCUGGAAGUACGUGGAUUUUAUGAAACAUGCCGUGGCACUGGCUUCUAAGGGCCAUAAGCGAUCGAAUGUGACGGCCUAUGUGCUAGUCAACGAAUUUGGUCUUUUGGUUACCACAGAUAUGUGGCUCAACUUGCUUUCCGAGGGUAUCAUCGAAGAACAUGUGUUUGGCCUGCGAGAGAGAAACACGGAAAAGGGCUCACCAACUGAAGAGUAUCACGCUCUGUCGGCGAAGCUUCUCGCCACAAGCAGCCGGAGUAGUCUUGGCAGAUACUCGCGCCGGAGGUGA